GUGAUAACGGAAAAUCCCAUAUAAUAACAAAAUUAAAAAAUCGCAAAUUAAAUAUUUUACUUUACUUACUAUAAAAGUAAUAAGUAAUAACGGAAAAUAUAAAUACAAUUAUAUACAACAGACUAUAGUCUGUACACAACAUUUUGAAGUAAUGGCAGCAUCGGUUGAAUUUCAAAAUUUAACAUUGUCAGAAUGUUUUGAUCAAGGUUUAACAUCGUACGAAAGCAUUUGUGAUUCUACAGAACCAGCCAAGGAAUCCGGAGUUCAAUAUAAAAUAAUAAAAUGCAUGAAAAUGUUGGAGUAUGCUACACAACUUGUGUCCGCUGCUGGACUGUACAGCAAUAACGAAACUAUAGAUGAAGUACCGACUUCAGAUAUUAAAUACAUGUUAUUACCAUUUAUGUUGGGAUCUCUAGCCUUAAAACUUACAAACAAUGGAAAUCGAUUAGAUGUUGUGAAAACAGCAGAAGUUUAUUUCAGAGAUUAUUUACAACGGUGUAAAGAUUACGGUAUAUCAGAUCUCACGUUACCUUCUGAGUACAGCGAAUCCGAAGAGACGACUACUCAGUCAGCAAUGGACUUUUCACUUAUGGCUCGUAGAAGAGCAGAAAAAAUUAAAAGCUACAAAGAACAAAAACUAAUGGAGUCUCAGUUACAACUGCUGAAGGAACAGAAUGAAUCCAACAAUGUCGACGAAGAAAUAAAAAGAAAAUAUGUAACUUCUUUACUUAAGUAUAACAUUGGUAAAGCUCUAGAAGAAAUUGAUUCGCUUCAAGCUGAAAUGAGAAUAUUGUACUUCAAACUUAAACAUGAGAACAAAGACAACCCAGACCAAGCUAAAGGGUUAAAAAUAAAAAGUAAACCGCUGAUGCCGAUUAUUAUUACUAAAAAUGAAUUGCAGAAAAAAGUAUUUGGUGCCGGUUAUCCAAGUUUACCUACUAUGACAGUAGAAGAAUUCUGCCAGAAGAGGUUUAAUGAUGGAGUGUGGCACUUACCGACAGCAGAAAAUACUAAAUGCUUACAACAAACAGCCGAAACUUCAGAGAUAGAGGAAGAAGAAAAAAAAGAUAUAAUAACCGAAGCUGAAGAAGAAAAUGAAAGACAGCGCCUAAAUGCACGCGAUGAAUACAAAGAUGACCACCGAAGAGGGUGGGGAAAUAGAUACAACCGAAGUUAAGUAUUUUAUGUAUAGUUUCAGAUUUUAUAUGUUCUGUAAAUUUUUAAUAUUAAAAAUUAUUGCUAAUUAAA